AUGGAGAAAAUUUUCCGCGCGCUACCUUGCACAGAAAGACAGAAGGUGACUUUCGCCACGUUCACCUUCAAGGACGAUGCACAAGAAUGGUGGCUACUUGCCCUGGAGAAAGAAGAUAUUGUGACUUGGGCAAGAUUCUUGGAGGCAUUCUAUGAAAAAAACUUUCCAGAUUUGCUGUGGGAACAAAAUACAUCGGAAUUCAUACAUUUAAGACAAGGACCCAUGACAGUGGCCGAAUAUGAAAGCAAAUUCACGCAACUGGCCCGAUUCGCGACAUACGUCAUCCCCAUCGAAGCUCGAAAAGCCAGAAAAUUUGAAGCGGGAUUGGAUCCUGAAAUUAAAGACAGGUUAGAGGUUUUGAAACUACCAACCUAUGCGAAGGUGGUAGAUCGAGCAUACAUUAUGGAAAAAGGGAUUAAAACCUUGCGUUCCGGGGAACCAGGCCAGAGGAAGCGAUUGUGGGAAAGAGAUAACAGAAGGCCCGAUGUCGCGCCUCCCAAGAAAGUAAAUACAGGCACAACCAGUUCAACCAGUUCAAACAAUCAAGGUCCUACAAAUCCUAGAGGUGACACCAUUCCAGCUUGCUCUACCUAUGGAAGGACUCAUUGGGGACAAUGCCGUCGAGAUACAAGAGCAUGCUUUAGAUGUGGCCAAGCUGGCCAUUUGUUGAGAAAUUGUCCAAAGCUCGCCAAUCCUACAACCGGCCCCUCUAAACCAAUUCGAAAACCCACAGUACCUGGAGGAGUGAAAAAGGACCAAAAACGCCAAGGAAGAGCUUUUGCCUUGGUGUCUGGAAACCCAGAAAUUACAGAGAACAUCGUGUCAGAUUUGAUUCCCUUCUACAUUAGUACCUUCGAUGUGAUCUUAGGAAUGGAUUGGUUAGCUGCCCACCGUGCCUCUAUCGAUUGCGAAGCCAAAAAGGUCUUCCUCCAGUCACCAAACCAACUCGAGCUUAUCUUCAAAGGACUGGAGCCUCUCCCUCUCCAUGUAUUAUAUCCUUCAUGA